ACUUUAUUUUGGCACGAUUUUAUUCAUAUCCAUAUUUGUGCCUUAUGAAUAUCUCAAUAUCGUUAUAUAUUUGUCAUUGGCCUUGUUUGUAUAUUUAACCUGUACCAUUAGUGGAUAAUAUGUACCAUAAUGCGCAAUCACCUGAAUAUUCACAAUGAUCAAUUCUUCAUACGGAGGAGAUACUAAAAGAUAUGGCAUAACUGAACCAGUGACCACUCAAGGGCCCUCUAAUGAUGAUUUAAAAGCCUCCGAAGAGAUUACGGCCUUACUAAAGUCCUAUAAUCUCUUCGAAACGGAUGAAGGGAAACAACGUCGUGAACUUGUACUUGAAGCAUUAAAUCGUUUGUUACAGCAGUUUGUUAGAAGGCAGGCAAAAAAAAAUCAGGGAAUUAGUGAAUCCGAAGCUAAUACAAUCUCAGGGAAAUUAUUAACAUUUGGUUCAUACAGAUUGGGUAUUGUAGCACCGGACAGCGAUAUAGACGUUUUGUGCUUGUGCCCAAAAUGUGUGACACGUGAAUCUUUCUUCUCAGAUUUUUAUAUCUCACUAACAAAGGUAGAGGCUAUUUCAAAGCUUCAAGCAGUUCCUGAUGCAUAUACACCUGUAAUAAAGCUGUGUUAUUACGAUAUUAGCAUAGACAUUUUAUUUGCCAACCUAGAUGCACGUACUGUAAAUCCUAAUAUAAAUGUAUUAGAUGAUAAUAUCUUACGUAAUAUGAAUGAUUCUACUGUACGUAGUAUUAACGGUUGCCGCGUUGCAAGUUUCAUUCUAGACUCUGUGCCGAACAAAGCUAAUUUUCGUAUGACCUUGCGCUUUAUCAAACUUUGGGCAUCGAGACGCAAAAUUUACUCCACCGUUGUAGGAUAUUUGGGUGGCGUUGCAUGGGCUAUUUUAACUGCUAGAGUGUGUCAGCUGUAUCCGAAUUAUGUGCCUAAUCAGCUUAUUGAGAAGUUUUUUCGUGUCUAUUCAUUAUGGAAUUGGAAAAUUCCAGUAACACUUUGCAAGAUAAAGCAGGUUCCGAACCUGCCGGGGUUCAUGUCUUUCAAGGUUUGGGAUCCUCAAAACAAUCCACAUGACCGCCAACACUUAAUGCCUAUCAUCACACCAGCAUUUCCAUCCAUGAACUCCACUCACAAUGUCACUGCAACUACAAAACGUGUCAUGACGGAUGAGCUUAAAAGGGCUAGAGAUAUUUUGAAAUCGCCAAAUACUCCAAAAAAUCAGCUAUUGGAACUAGUACUUGAGGAAGAGGACAUCUUUUCAAGCUAUAAACAUUUCCUCAUUAUAGAGGUUUAUGGAGCCUCCGAACAUGCUCAUGGAAAAUGGGAAGGAUGGAUAGGAAGCCGUAUGAGAUUUCUUAUUAAGAAAUUAGAGAACUUACCUAAUACACAGAUAAGACCACUACCGGGAUUCUUUAAGUUUGAGGACUCAGAGUGGGAGUAUGCUUCAUCAGCGUUUUUUGCCUUAAAGUGCUUGUCCAAUGAUAAAUCUGGGCAGGGAUCAAAAGUUUUAGACAUUAGAUCUUCAAUACAAUCGUUUAAAGAUAUCAUAAAUGGAUGGACUGAUAUGGAAAAUCUAAAGGACCAGAUCAAAGUAAACAUUCGACAUGUCAAGAGUAGCCAACUUCCUGACUAUGUUCAAGCAAAGAACUCCAAAAAGAGACCGCUUGAUGAACAACUAGAAAAAUCUAAAAGAGUAUGUACAGGAGACAGCAAAUCAUCAUCCUAG